AUGAUUGAAUUUAUGUAUAAAGAAAGAAAACGUUUACAUGGUGAUGUUCCACAAACAUUCUAUCGAGCUGUUACAACUGAUAUGAAAAUUGCUAAAGGCUAUGCGGAAAAACAACAUACUUCGAACGAUAAUGAAAAAGUUUUAUUUAAAAUCAAAGUCGAACCUCAACAACCAUGUACUGCAUUUGCAUAUAUUGAUGGUAUCUCAUUUCAUCCGGAAGAAAAAGAAGUCUUAUUUAGUAUGGGCUCGACAUUUGCUGUUGAUGGUAUUGUGGAACCUAAAAAUGAUGAAACUUUCCAUAGAGUUCAACUUACAGCAUCGGAAAUUGACAAAACACUUGUCGAUGAUAUUUGUACAAAAGUUGAAGAAUGUUCACCAUCAAGUCGAGCUGUUCUACUUGCUCAAUAUCUUAUGGAAUUAGGGCAAUAUCGAACAGCUCGGAAAUAUCUUAGUUCACUUCUAACCCAAGCAUGUGAUGGAGGCAUAUUAGUCAAUGAUCCGAAUUUCGCUAGUAUCUAUUCUUGUCUAGGUAUGACGUACGCUCGACAAGGUCUUCAUAGUGAUGCACUUAAAGCCUUCAAACAAGCACUUAAUGUGCAAGCACGACUCGAAUAUUCGAAUAAUAAUGCAUUGGCUAAUAUUCAUAAUAAUAUUGGAUUAGCUUACAUAGGCUUAAAUCAUAUGGAUGAAGCAGAAGAGACAUUAGUGAAAGCAUUACGCAUACAAUUACGAGAGGUUAAUUCAAAUCAGCAAUAUUUGGCAUCGAUUUACGGAAAUAUUGGCUAUGUUUAUUACAAAAAAGAUGAUUUUGAUAAAGCAUUGGGAGCUUUUAGUAAAGCAGAAAAAAUUUACAAGCAAAGUUCGAGUAAAAUUGCUCACGAUGCACUCGAACAAUCUCUAAUUAAAGCUGAAUAUUUGACUAAUUAUGGACAUUUACUUAGUGCUCAGGAGUCUUCGCUGAAUGCGCAAAAACAAUAUAGCGAAGCAUUGAAGCUCUACAAGAGUAUUGUGCCGGCCGACGAUCCUAAACUAAUGCAAACUCAUAUGAACAUAAUGUUUGCUCAUGCACAAAAUGAAAAGUAUGAUGAAGUUACUAAACGAUUUGAAGAAUCAGCAGUACAACAAUUGGUUGAUAAACAAGAAAAUAAUAUGUUUGAAUUGAAUAGUUCGCAGAAAUUGUUUGAUAAAGCAAUUUGUUUGUGGACACGUAGUUUAAUAUUACAACGUAAGGCACGAUUAGAACAACUGUUGCCUGGGAAUACAAAAGAUUUGUAUGCUAUCGGUGAUAUUUAUUAUGAAUUGGACAAAUUAUCGAAUGCAAUGGAAAAAUACAUUGUGGCCGAGAACAAAAAUUCCGAUGCAGAUGAAGAUGAUAUUCUAGAAGAAGAGACAAUCUCUUUAGAAGAAUCAAUGGAUAUUUUAAAGGCUCGAAUUAGUAUGCACCGACAUUUGGCUGGCUAUCAUAAACGAAAGCAAGCAUACACAGAAGCUAUUUCAGAAAUGAAUGAGAUUCUCGAUAUAUUAAAACCAAAAUUACCAUCAUCAACCUUCGAUAUCAAUGAUAAAACAGUAUUAAUUCAAGAAAAUAUCGAUGCAUCGACGCUUAUUAUCCGUCUACAACAGCUCGCCAAUUGUUAUUUGCAACUAGGCGAUAUAAGAGAUACUGAACAGGAUGAUCACAACGGCUACAAAGCCGCGCUUAGUAUUUACAUGAAACUUGUCCCAUAUGAUGGAGAAAUUAAAAACAAUAAAUAUAUAUGUCACUAA